CCGUCGCCGGAAUCCGGAUUUCAACCAAAAUUUCUAGAUUUUCUUCUCUUCAUCCCAUCUUUCCAUUUCUCCAACCAAAAUCAAGAAAUUUGGCCAUCCAACCCUCCAAAAACCCUAGAACCCGAAGCUAAUUUGGGGGUUUUUGUGAUUUCUUCUUUCCAAGCUUAAAUCAAGGUAAUAUCCAUCCUAAUCUAGCCUCUAUUCAUCAGAUCUACAUCUAUUUCUUCCUAAAUCUGAGUUUUUGAUUUGGAUUUGUGAUUUUGUUUGCAUGAAUCCGGUUUCUCCUUAAACCAUGAAGCUAGGCUAUGGGUUUGGCAAGGAUUUUUGGUGAGGAUUUGUAGGUGAAGAAGGCCAAGGAGAAGGAAUAGGACGUGACUUUUGAAGAAGAAAGGGAAACACGAUCGUUAAGGAAGCUUAAGCGGAAAGCAUCAGAGUGUGGAGUACGCCAGCAUUUUCCAGGUUAUAACGAGGUCAUUCCGGACGAUUUGGAUUAGAGGUGGGUCGUUGGCCAAGUUUGUGUGUUGCUGUUCCUGUUGCUUGAAGUUCUUCCCUUGUGCAUUUAAGCCUCAACACCAAAACCAUCAGUUAAGAAUCUGCAACAACGAAAAUAGUGAUGUCUAACGAGCAAGAACACCCCAGGAAGGCAUUUGGAUGGGCUGCAAGAGAUUCAUCUGGUGUUCUCUCUCCCUUCAGUUUCUCCAGAAGGGAAACCGGAGAGAAAGACGUGACAUUCAAAGUGUUGUACUGUGGGAUUUGCCAUUCGGACCUUCACAUGGUCAAGAAUGAAUGGGGCUUCUCUACCUAUCCUCUGGUUCCCGGGCAUGAGAUUGUCGGUGAAGUGACGGAAGUAGGGAGCAAUGUACAAAAAUUCAAAGUUGGAGACAAAGUCGGUGUUGGAUGCAUAGUGGGAGCUUGCCGAUCUUGUGAUAGUUGUACCGACCAUCUUGAGAACUACUGCCCCAAACAAAUACUCACGUACAGUGCCAAGUACUAUGACGGAACCACCACCUAUGGCGGUUACUCUGACAUUAUGGUUGCAGAUGAACACUUCGUACUCCGUAUCCCGGACAACCUACCCCUUGAUUGUGCUGCUCCUCUCCUAUGUGCCGGAAUCACAACCUACAGCCCGUUGAGAUAUUUUGGACUUGACAAGCCCGGCAUGCAUGUGGGCGUGGUUGGCGUAGGUGGUUUAGGCCACGUCGCAGUGAAGUUUGCCAAGGCAAUGGGAGUGAAGGUUACAGUGAUCAGUACGUCCCCUAAUAAGGAGGAGGAAGCAGUUAAACACUUAGGAGCUGAUUCGUUUUUGGUUAGUCGUGACCAAGAAAAAAUGCAGGCUGCCAUUGGUACCAUGGAUGGGAUCAUUGACACAGUUUCUGCACAACAUCCUCUCUUGCCUUUGAUUGGUUUGUUGAAGUCUCAUGGAAAGCUUGUUAUGGUUGGUGCACCAGAAAAGCCUCUUGAACUUCCGGUUUUUCCUUUACUCAUGGGAAGGAAGAUGGUAGCUGGUAGCGGCAUUGGAGGUAUGAAGGAGACACAAGAGAUGAUCGAUUUUGCAGCCAAGCACAACAUAACAGCAGACAUCGAGGUUAUCCCAAUUGACUACUUGAACACUGCCAUGGAGCGCCUUGCCAAAGCAGACGUCAGAUACCGUUUUGUCAUUGACAUUGGAAACACACUGAAGGCUACCUCUUAAAUUCUCCAACCCAGGCUGUAUCAAUGAAGAAAUAAGAACAAACUGAUCUGGUGUCAUAAUCAUUGUUGUUCUUUCUCCAGAGUAUUUUAAGUUGUUCAAAACAUUAUAAGCAGAAUGUAAUGUGAUGAUUCGAAAUAAAUGA